AUGAUGCAUUGCGGUGGUGGUUCAUACGCACUUAUUAUACUGCACACGCGGCCAGAAGAUCACGGAGAGUACGUAGCCGUGGCUAGAAACAGUUCAGGAAGCAUAUCGACUUCGGCAGUACUUGAAGUCACAGUUCCAACAUUCGACAAACAAAGCAUUGGCAAGCAUUACGAAAGCUCCAAGUGGUUGCGGGAAGAAAUUUCACGACGAAAGCUUAAAUACACCGGGAUCCCUACACCACCUGAUCGAGGUCCGUUUGUCGCAGAAGUGACGAAUCACUUUUUGACUCUGUCUUGGAUCCCGACACGACGAGCGCCCCCGCGAUACGCCCAAGUGACGUACAUCGUUGAAAUGCGAGAGCUACCGUACAAGGAAUGGUACGUCGCCGACUCCAACAUACCAUCACCAUGUUGCAAAGUCAGAAAUUUGGAACACGGUAAGAGUUACCAGUUCCGAGUCCGCGCAGAAAAUAUCUACGGUAUCAGCGAGCCUUCCCCACCUUCGCCUCCGUCGCAACUGAUGGCCCCUCCAAGGCCAGCUGUUGAUAAAAACAAAAGGCCUGUGCCACUCCUUGACCCUUAUGCAAUCGAAGCACUAAACAGGGUCUAUGCUGAUCAAUACGCAUGCGCACCGUGGUUUCAACCAAUGACCGAAAACAAGACCUUCUGUGCUGAACAUGGCAGAGCUACUAUUGUGUAUUGCGUUUACGGCUAUCCUGACCCUGACGUCACGUGGUAUUUCCGCGGAUGGAAGGUCGACACCUCGUCAUCGAGUAGAAAAUAUGACUUUAAAAUCUUCGGCGGAAAUCAAUACGUGUUUAUGAUUCACGACUUUGGAAAAGAAGAUGUUGGCCAAUACCAGUGCAAAGCAGUAAACGCCCAUGGCGAGGCUCAAGAAAACUUCUUCGUCGAACUUGCUGCUCGCCCACAGUUCGUUCAACCCUUGAUGGAUAAAACCGUUUCAGCGGGAACAACCGCCCGACUAGACUGCAGAGUAUCCGGAGACCCAUACCCAGAAAUCAGGUGGUUCAAGGAUUGGAAACCACUCUUCCAGACUAGCCGGAUUCGUUUCGUUCAAGAGGCACCGCCCUUGUGCUCAUUGUUCGUUGACUCGUCGCUACUCAGGGAUUCUGGCAUCUACACGUGCACGGCCGUAAAUCAGGCUGGAGAAGCCUCUUCAAGCGCUACUUUGACCAUUGAAAGUAAUACGUAGUU